CUCUUCGCUGUUUUUUAGCCACGACUGAUUGACAGGCCACUGGGCUGUAAGAAAGAUUAUUUCUCAGGACAUAGGAUGCAGCUGAUUCACAAUGAAUCCACUCGAGUCUGUUCAAUUCAGAAGAAAACUGCUCUUCUCUGCCACUAAAAACUUGAUCUCAAGUCGUAGUUGUGGACUCAUCCCACCACAACCAGCGGUUCAACCUGAUCCAUGGAACAUAAAAGCCCCUGACUUCACCCCCAAGUUGUACAGAUCUUUGAGUUUACCACGGAUCAAGAGAAAAAACCUGCACCUUUUUAAAACAAAAAGUAGUUUGGAUGAAGAAUCCUUCAUCUUGGAAAAGGUUAAUAAAGUGGCUCCUUCAAUGUUGCCUGGACUUGAACAGAAGAGACAUAAAACACACCCAUUUACUGCAUGCUACAAACCACCCGGCUCAACAGAGUCAAAGCUGCAGUUUGUGAGAACAGGAAAGUACCCCAUGGGGCCUUACAAAAAUCCAAAGCCUCACAACUUUAGACCUUGUGCUGAGGGCAUGCAUGAUAUGGUGACCUCUUUGGAAAAGGGCCCAGGAUGUUUGAUCUUUAAGUCACAGUACCUUAGACCAGCCACUAAGAGCCAACCUGACCCGAACCUUUCUGAGCGAGACAAUGUAAAUAAAAUUGACACUUUCAAACCCACAGAGCUUAAAUGGGACCCAAGGUUGAUACUACCAAAGACGCCAUGGCCAACAAAAUCUGCAUCUUAUACAAGACAUCGGCGCAGAAGAGGAGUGUAUAGUGCCUUUAUGGACCGAGUUGAAGAAAAGUUGACCAACUCCUUGAGGAAAUGAACCUGUUUUGACACAGAAGAAAUUAUUUUGUGCUGUGUCAUAGCAAAAAGGCUAUAGAAAGACUACUGUUCUGCCUGAACAAUAAUGCUUCAGGAGAGCUCCGCAUGAUCCAAAAGAUCAUUAGAACACACUAAAGAAAUUGUUAGAACUACGUGUGAUCAGUUAAUAAAUGAAGAAUAAAAAUAAACAAACAAAUAUUGGCUUUUACUAACUUGUUUUUUUUAAAUUGCAUAUACAAAUAAAGUACAAAAACUGCAUAAGAGUUAGUCAACAGUAUAAAAACACAUUACAAUCAAAAUGUUUGAGAGGAAAUAAUAAUAAUAAUAAUAAUAAUAAUAAUAAUAAUAAUAAUAAUAAUAAAUUAUAUUAAAUAAAUGUAAUAAACAGGAAAGUAUUCUCUGGGGCCAGAAAAAUAAGAACAUAAAGACAUGCUUAUUCGAGAAAUAAAACAAGGACAUUAUGCCUUAGAAAUUUGCUAUUCUUUACAUUGUUUAUAAAUUUAGGCUAAGAGAUGGUGCGGUA